AUGGAGGAAAUGGGAAAGGUAGUCACUGCCAAUGUUGGUUUGAAGGAGCGAACUUGGGUUGAGGUUCUUGCUGAUAAGAAUGAAGUUGAAUCGAAGGCUUUUAUGAUAUUAUCAGAACCAAUACAGAGAAAGAUGAUUCUUAACGUGUUGGAGAGGAUAGAUGCAUUUUAUAUGAGCUCGAUGACAUCGAGAAGAAGAUUGGUUUUUUUGAUACAGAACAUGGGUUUUAUAAUCGAACAUUUGUUGGAGUUUCCAGAGUACUUGGGUGUGAGUUUGGACAAACAUAUAGUUCCACGUUGCAAUGUCAUCGAGCAUCUAAAAUCGAUAGGUGGGCUCAGUUUCGACGUGCAGUUCAAGCAUUUUGUGAGGCUUAGCAGGGUAAACUUCUUUAACUUGUAUGUGAAGCCUUAUCCGAAGUGCGAGAAAAUAUUUGGUGGGGUUGUUAGGGAGAGAGAAGUUAGACCUCGGCAUCCCCCUAGGCUUUGGAAGAUGUUUAAGCCUAAGAAGUUUCCUGAUAGCAAAGAAUAUGUGAGGAACAUGAAGCUCUUUGUGGAGUCUCUGGUUUAG